UGGUUGAUGGUCGAGGAUUGGUUGAUUGGGUUGAUGAGGUUGUUGGUUAUCGGUGACUCCCAACUUGGCACUCACUCUCCGCUAUCCAUAGUCGGACCUAAACCCCGAAGACUCCGACGACGACGAUUUCGACGAAGCUGAGACGGUCCGCGAAAAACGGGAAAAGCUCGCCAAGCAACGCAGAGCGGAGGCGGCGCUCAAGAAGGUCAAACCGGUCAAGAAAUCCAGCGACGGCGCAGCCGCGCGGACGGUGCCGUUCGACUCGGUCACGAUACCCAUGGGCGAUAAGUUUGCGAUUGAGAAGCUGAUCAGUUGGCGGACGGGGGUGGAUGGGACCGAGGAGAUCAUGGUUAAAUAUAAGAAUAUGAGCUAUUACCAUGCAGAAUGGCUCUCCCGUCCCGCAGUCGAAGCGAGUCCCAUGGGCAAGAUGCGCGUCAAACGGUUCCUGGAUAAGCCUGUCUGGGACACGCAGAGCCAGUGGACGGAAGAUGAACCGUUCAAUCCUUCUUUCAAACUCAUUGACCGUUUACUUGAUGAAGGAGAAAUGGGUCCCGGAGAAAUCUUCUACUUGGUCAAAUGGAAGGCGCAGACAUAUGACAACAGCACUUGGGAGUCUGCGACACUAGUCAACCAGCUCGAUGCGGAGAAAAUCAAGCAAUACAACCGCAGAAGGAUACUUACGCAAGAUAAAGAAUCCAGCUAUACACAUCCACCCAAGAGACCAUUACCCAAGGAUUGGCGGAAGAUGGAUGAUUCGCCUGCAUAUAAGAAUGAUAUGAUCUUACGGCCGUACCAGUUGGAGGGAUUGAACUGGCUCUUGUUUUGCUGGUACAACAGACAAAACAGCAUCCUCGCCGACGAAAUGGGCCUCGGCAAAACCGUGCAAUCCACCGUCUUCCUCGACUACCUCUACACCAAAGAAAAAUUCUGCGGGCCCUUUCUAAUCGUCACCCCGCUCUCCACCAUUGGAAACUGGGAGCGCGAGAUCAAGACGUGGACGAAUCUGAAUGUUGUCGUCUACCAUGGCCGCGAAACCGCCCGGAAUCUGAUUGUUGAGACGGAGUUUUACUACCGUGAUCAGAACAACCACAUUAUUACGGGGAUAUUCAAGUUCGACGUUAUCCUGACGACGUACGAGAUGGCCAUGUCCGGCGCGGCCCAGCUCCGCCCGAUCAACUGGCGCUGUGUCGUCCUCGAUGAAGCGCACCGGUUGAAGAACAAGACCUCGAAAGUCGCCGAGAUCCUCAAAUCGUACAAGAUGGACCACCGUGUCCUUUUGACUGGCACGCCGUUACAGAACUCGUUGGAGGAGUUAUGGGCCCUGUUGAACUUUUUGCAACCGGAGCGGUUUGUGCAUGAAGCCGAGUUCCAGGCGCAGUAUGGAUCCCUCAGCAGCGCGGCCGAUGUCGAGAAAUUACAAGCAUUGCUGAAACCGCUCAUGUUACGCCGGAUGAAAGAGGACGUGGAGAAAUCCAUCCCCGUAAAAGAAGAAACCAUCGUCGAGGUCGAAUUAACCACCGUCCAGAAGAAAUACUACCGCUCAAUCCUCGAAAAGAAUUUCGGAUGGCUGAAACAAGGCCCCAGUAAACGCAACGUGCCGAACUUGAUCAACACCAUGAUCGAACUGCGCAAAUGCUGUAUCCACCCGUUCUUGCUCAAAGGCGCCGAGGACCAGAUCAUGAAGGAGAAACCGGCGGAUACGGUCGAGCAGCAUUUCCAGGCGCUGAUUCAGGCGUCGGGGAAGAUGGUGCUGAUCGAUAAACUGUUGGUGAAAUUGAGGGCGGGGGGGCAUAAGGUGCUGAUUUUCUCGCAGAUGACAAGAUGUUUGGAUAUCAUCCAGGAUUAUCUGCGGGGACGGCAGUGGCAGUUUGAGCGGAUUGACGGUGGAGUGAGAGGGGAUCUACGGCAAGCCGCGAUCGACCGGUUCUCUGCGCCCGAUAGCGAGACCUUUGUCUUCCUCCUCUGCACGCGCGCCGGAGGGGUCGGUAUCAAUCUCACGGCGGCGGAUACAUGUAUCAUCUUCGACAGCGACUGGAACCCGCAAAACGACCUGCAAGCCCAAUCGCGGGUCCACAGGAUCGGGCAGAAACGCCCCGUGCAGAUAUACAGGCUGAUCACGCGAAACACCUACGAGCGGGAGAUGUUUGACCGCGCCAGCAUGAAGCUCGGGCUCGAUCGCGCGAUCCUGCAACGCAUGGAUGGGGAUGCGGCCAUGGAAGGGUUCGACGCGUCCAAGCCGCCGUCGUCGCUCUCCAAAACGGAGAUCGAGGAACUGUUGAAGAAGGGCGCGUAUGGAGCCAUGUUGGAUGAUGAGGCGUCCCAGCGGUUCUGCGAUGAGGAUAUCGACAGCAUAUUGUCACGCCGGACGCAGGUGGUGAAACAUGACGCGCCGGCGGCCCAAUCUGAAAAGGGCUCGAUUUUUUCAAAAGCGACCUUCUCGGCGGGGAAUGCGGAUAAUGUGGAUAUCAACGACCCCGAUUUCUGGGACAAGAUGGCCGAGAAAGCCAAACUGGACAUCGUCGAGCCGCUCUCCACCGAAGCGGAGCUUAUCAUCGAUUUACCACGGCAGAGGCGACAGGUGCAGCGGUUUGGCGCCGAACGGCACGGGUUGACGAAUUUCAGGGGGAGUCCGGUUGUCGAGGAUGAUGGCGAUGAGUGGACCGCCAAUGGGGGCGGUGCAGGGGCAAGGCAACACCGUGCCCAGGCGGAGGUGAUCAAACCGUGGGCGCAGGCGGAGAAGACGCGGCUGGAACGCGCGAUGAUGGUGCAGGGGUUUGAUUCGUGGGAUGUGAUGUGCGGUAAAGCGUUGAAUCGGAGGUUUCCGGAGGAUGUGAGGGGGUGUGCGAGGGCGAUGGUUUUGCAUGGGUUGGGCUGUGCGGUGAUUGAUGCGGAGACGCUUGCGGAUGUCAAGGGCGCUGUUGGACCUGAGAUUGAGGAGUUUGUGAAGGACGGGAAGUUUGUCAUUCCUGAAGUGCCGUACCCGAACCCCUCGCGGAGGCAAUUGGCCGAGUAUCGGUCGUUUAUGCUUGACGCGCCGCAGGAGUAUCUGGACCAUCUGGAGAAACGCGCCAAGAAUAUGUUGAUGCGGGUGGGCAUGAUGCAUUGUAUUCGGUACCGCAUCAAGCCGCAGAAAGAUACACCUAUGCCGAGGGUGGUGGGCGCCCCGCCGGCAAGUUGGUGGGGCCCAAAACAGGAUCUGCAUAUGUUGAUUGGGAUCGCCAAGCAUGGGUACGGGCAGUAUGAUAAGAUACGGGCGGACCCCGACUUGUGCUUUUUGGCGCAGACGUUCGGCGGCGCGGAGAACAAUGCGAGUGCGGGACAGCAAAAUGGGGGAGAUAGCACCACCAAAAUCGAGCUUGACAGCCAAGACGAGGAUGAAAGCAAGACCAACGACGAGGACGCGCGUGAUAACGCCGUCAAAGACGAAAAAGACGAUACCCUCGAAUUCGACGAUAUGGACGACGACGACCCCGACGCCGGCGGCCGCGGGUCCGAACUCCCCUCCGGCGCCGGAACGCCCUCGCUAAACGCCACCGACUCCGCGGCCCCACCCCCUCUCAACGGCACCGCCAACGUCUUCCCGUCCCCAUCAGACCUGGGCUUCCGUCUCCGCCGGAUCAUCGCAGCCUUCACGAAACAGCUGAACGCCUCCGCGCGCGAAUCGGCUAAACAGAAACAGGCGUCUGAGAAAACAAGGUUGAAAUUGGAACGCGAGCAGGAAAAGAUUCGGGCGAGGGAGCAGGAGUAUUCGCGGAAAGAUAGGCAGGAGUUUCAACGCACUUUGCUUUCGUAUGGCGUUGAUACGGUGCCGGGACAGCCGGAUGUGAGGGAUUGGACAAGGUUCAAGGAGCUCAGUUCACUGAAGAAGAGUCCGGAGGCGCUUGAGGUGUAUUUUGGGAAGCUGGUGCGGGAUUGUGAGGAAAUUGUGAGGAAAGCCGAGGCUAUACCUGAUCAGGACGCGGAUGUGACUGCUAAUGGGGAUGCGGCGAAUGGAGACGCGACGGCGAGUGGGAAUGGAAAGACCUCUGUGAAUGGGAGUGCGAAUGGGACUGGGAAUGCGGGUUCGCAGCCGCAGCCUGUCGCGGGCGAUGAGGAGAACGCGGACACCCAGGAGGAUGUGACAUACGACCGCGCGAAACGGAUCCUUAAACGGGUUGACCAGAUGAGGAUCUUGAGGUUGGAUGUGUUGACGCAGCCUCAUCUGGAGCAGAAGAUUGGGCUGUUGAAGCGACAUGGGCGGUCCGGGUUGCCGACGUGGUGGACUGCAAAGCAUGAUUUGGACUUCUUGAAGGGCGUUGCGAAGUGGGGGUUGACGAGGAAUGACUUGAUCAUUGAGGACCCCGACCUAAUGUUCUACGAGCUCCACCAAGAAUUCCUGGCCUCUCUCAAGAAACGCGCCUCAGAAAACCUCGGAAAAGACGAGCUAGUCGACGGCAAAUGGGAAGACAAGUUCUGGAUGCGCGAGCCCGUCGCCCUCCGCCGCUUUGACGCCCUCAUCGAAGCCGCCAUGAAACCCUUACCCAAACCCCGGGGAAAGCCCGGCCGCAAACCCAAAGACGCCGCGUCAUCGCCUGCCCCGCUGCAGAAGGGGCAAGUUACGCCGUCGGAAACCCCGACGAGGGGCCCGGGUGGGAAGUCGGUCAAGUUGAAGCUGAAGUUGGGGCAGACGCCGGAGGGUGGGGAUCCAGGUGCUGGUGCUGCGGAGGCGGCUGGGACAGGCGACGGCACGGCAUCGCGUAGACGGAAACGGGACCGGGACGCGGCAGACCGGGAGAGUCAGGUAUUACCGCCGGCGGCGUCAAAGAAAAAGCAAAAGAAGAAACAUCGCGAGUCGCCGGCUGUCGAGCGCCAUCGCGAUCACGACCGUGACCGGAAACACCGCCGGCGUGAACGUCGCCGCAGCGAGACGGGUUCUAGCGGCGACGACACGGACACGAUGCUGCAGGCCGCGCGGCGCAAGACGGACCGCAGCCGGAAGAAGCGGAAACGCGAUCCUAACGACUCGGACAUCCUCUCUGACGACGACAGUGAUGUUGACCUGCGUUUACGGUCGCGGAGGCAGAAUGGGGAGAGUAGUACGGCGGUUGGAGGACUGGAGCAGAAGGACCGCAAACGUAAACGAUCUUCCGUGGGCAAACCCGAUAAAGGCCACCAUCGCGAAUCGAAACGGAGGAAACGGAGUCGGUACGACGGUUCAUCCAACGACGACGGUCUGCUCUCGUCCCCCAUUUCGGACCUCUCCUCGCCAUCCCUCUCUUCGUCCGACUCCGACUCCGACCGGGAUCUCAAGCGCCGGCGGAAACACAACCACGCAUCCUCAUCAUCAUCCCGGAAACAACACCGCCACUCCCGCCCAUCUUCCUCAAACGGAAGAAAUAGCAAACGCCGCUCUUACUCCCCCUCGGACUCCCCCUCCAGUCUCAGCGACACCGAUAGCGACGUAUCACCACCGCCCCACCGACGCCGCUCAUCCCAUUCUCAUUCACACCGCGAACGGGAACGGGAGCGGGACCGUCACACUAACCGACGACGAUCGCAUCACUAUGAGAGCGAUCUGACCACUUCCGAAAGCGAGGUGGACCGGCAACGCAGCCGGAAACCGUCUUCGUCGUCUAAACACGCCAGACGGUCUGAUGUCGGCGGUGGGAGUAGCCGACAUGGUGGCGGGGUGCAGAAACGGGGAAGGGAGAGUCGGGGGCGGUUUGUGUCGCCGCCACCACAACCGCAACCGGCACAGCAGCCGCAAUCGUCGAGUCAUGGCGCGAAUGGGGCUGGAAGAUUAGUGGAGGACGAGCAUAUCUUUUCGUCGGGGAGUUUGAGUGAGGGGUCUUUGGCGUGAGGAUGGAUCACUUGACAUGUGACGUAUGGGGUCUGGACCAUUCAUUUCGCACCGGGAAGUGGAGGAGUAGGGAAUGGCCAUGGAUCAGGUUGGAUGUUGUUUCGGUCUGCGGGUUAAGGUACCCGCCGACCUUAUGCGCACACAUCCCUACAUUUUGUCCCCGACACUGCUUGAGAUUAUGCGUUUCUUUAUGUCAUAGUGGGA